AUGCAUGUUAGAUCAACACGGAAUUCUCGCAUCGAACGAUUGUGGGUUGAAGUAGGCACACAGUUUGUACGCCGGUGGCGGGGGUUCUUUACCAGGCUCAAACGACUUCAUAAACUUGAUGUCGACAAGCCUGGGCAUCUGUGGCUCCUCAGUGUGCUUUUCUUAAAUGCGCUCAAUGAUGAUUGUCGACAAUUUCAACAAGAAUGGAAUUUGCAUCCUAUUCAUGGUUCUGAUACCAGGGAUCGAAGCCCUCAGGUCAGUGAAUAUUCAGUGGCAUCAUUAGGUAUCUAUGAAGAUGAGUUUGAGGGAAUCUGUCCUACAGUUCUGCAGCGCUAUUAUGGUAUUCAUGGCAGGGAGGUUGUCCGUCAUCGAAAUCAGACAGGUGCUGGCCACCCAAGUGACGAGGCGGAUGAACCAGAAGAAGAUGAUAUUAUUGGCCGCAUUGAGCAGGAACAAGCAAAUGAUGUCCAGCAUGAUGCUGUUGAGGUUCCAGACAGCAAUACUCCUUUUCGGAACGAAGAGGAUGAAAGUAUGUUCUUCGAAACACUUGAGGAGGUUGUCAUGGAGGGGAUUGUACUGGAGGGAUACAAUUUACGCGAGGGUGAAGACAAGUAUGAUGAAAACACAAGUGAAUACCUACGAGUUGGAAGGCGGAGGGAGCAUCACAUGGAGAUAUCAUUGGCUGACCCUAUCUGGAGAACUCACUCGACAUUAUGGGCUCAGGCAUCUAGUAUUCUAGAUCACUUUGAAGCAAAUGAAUUUUUUUGA